CCAAUAAAUGGCGUCCAAUUCGAAGAAUCGCAUUACUUCUGUCAUCUCGUGAUGAGGAUUACACCUCUAGAAAACCGCGAAACUUGACAUUGCAGACAACACAGUGAUCUGAAGAGUACCUUUUACUUCAACAACAAAAAUUUAGGUGGAUUUUGGAUCACGAUUAGCACUUACGUCGCUUGAAAAAAGGAAAUUAAAGGUCCAUCCUCGUGCCAGGAACCCUAAUGGCUGCAAAAAGAGAGGAAACAACUUCAGGUGUUAGAAGUGCCCGGGUCAGACUUGAUGUGUUGCUGAAAGAUCUCAUAAGGAAAACAGAGGAGAGUAGUGAGGAUGACACAAGCUAAACAGCAGGAAGUGCUGCAGCUUUUCAAAUGCCACCACCCUCUACACCCACCAAGAGAAGUGGCUCAGGAAAAACGCCAAGAAAAAGACGCAAAAAAGAUGUAGGAUAUGAUGAUGCAGAUGGAAGUAGUCAGAACCCAAGCUUUGUCAUGAAGCUGUUUGAUCGCAGUGUGGAUUUUGCCCAGUUUAAUGAAGACACAACCCUAUAUGCCCUGGCAAGAGCGUGGAUGCAAAACAAGCCCUAUGGAACCAAGCCAUCUGAUUCUCAAGAGGGCAACCAAGACAAAGAAUCUCCAACAAGCAGCCAGGAGAGUGCCAUGUCAUCUAUGUCCCAUAGUAAUGGUGACAGUGAUCCAAAGAAUGUUUACAGUUUUCCAGAUCCAGUGAAAUUAAUCGAAGACUUUGAGAUGAACAGUACUCUUCCAAAAGGGACACUCUCACUUGAUAUACAUUAUGAUUCUGAUAAAGCUCCAUCAGUGAGUGAUCUGAAAAGAAAUCACAUGGACAGGUGGAAGAAAGUGAAAUCUAAUUGGAAAGAGAGCUCGUUUAAAAGACAAGCCCGCUAUGCGCCAAGUUUAAAAAAGAUACGAGAACUCUUUGAACAUCAGUAGCCAAGACAUUUUUAGACUGUCUGAAUUUAACAUUUUUGAAGAUUACUUUAAUGUACAAUGUAAAUGGGUAUAUUACAUGCACAGUACAUUACUGUCAGGUUUUUUGUAUCAUCUUGUGUUAUAGAUUAUCAUAUAGCUUCAGGGCUCGACACUAACUUUUCAACUGACUAGACAAGUGGCUAGUGACGUCUUAGAUUUUACAACAAUUUCAGUUUGUUUACUGGCCAAACUGGCUAGCGGAAAUAGAAAACCACUUGCCAAAACUGAAUUUUUGCUAUUUUGUGACUAGUGGGCUACCGUUAGUGUCAAGCCCUGUAGCUUGCAGUCAUUCAGAACUUCAAUGUAAUAGUGAAAGAUAAAAUGGAAAAAGCCAUUGAUAGAUGCAUCAGAAGUUAACAGCAAUAGCUGUGUAGGUUACAUGUAAGGCCUUGAUUAAUCUAUUUCACCGAUCGAAGAGAGCAUGCCAUCCCUUUAUUUGCCAAAGCAAAAAUUCUGCCUGUUACGUUCCUAUAUUAUGAAGCCGUAAGUAAACUUAUGUUUGACGUGCACAACCAGAGGGCUCCCAUUAAUAUUUUGAAACUAUUUACUAAAACAUCUCAUAUUCAUACCUACAAUACUCGAUCAUCCAAAUCGCAGCUCUUUAGUACAAAGUACUCUAAACUUAACCUACAAAAAA